UUUGAGCCAGACUGACGCACACUCCUAAAAUGACAAAGCAUGCAGUGAAAAGCAUCCCACACUCACUGCAGUGUGCGUAACGACCGAGGGAGUGUUAGGAACCAAGUGUUUGGGUAAAACACGCUACUUCGAUGAGCGACAAACGAGAGAAGGGCCUGAAACACAGUGAGCCCAUCGGACUAUGCCUACCCCAACUCGGGAGGAAAGCAAAGCUGAGACCGGACAGGUACAGGACCUCCACGACCGGGACAGAGGGACAGGCAGCCGGCUUGUGUGUGCUCUGGAGAUGGAGAUGACGAACCGCAGCCUGCAUGGAGACUCCAAUUGUGUCAAAUGCGAUGGUUUGAUGAACCGAAAUGGAGGAGAUACUGCAGAAGUAUCCGUUCCUCUGUCCCUUCCCGGGAAGAGGGCAGCUUACACGGCCGGAGACGAGCUCCACAGACUGAGAGACAGAAAGUUUUUACUGGAGGAUAGAAAGCGUCUUUGCUCGUUUUCUUUGGCGACUGCUCUGCUCGGGAUCCUGCUCAUGAUCAUCCACUCUGAGAUCUGUCCCUUCGUUUAUAAACCGGGCUCAAACAUUGCCUUAAUCAUCAACUGUUCCAUCAGCCUGUCAACUGGGUGUCUCCUGAUCUUCAUCAUAGCUUUCCAUUAUAAGGACAUCAGGCUGUUUGUCAUUGACCACAAACAGGUGGACUGGCGUAUUGCCAUGAGCAGCCACAGGGUUAUUGUGAUCACUCUGGAGCUGCUGGUCUGUGUCAUCCAUCCAGUUGGCGCAUACUGGGAUGUUGGCAUCCAUGCCAACUCCUCUUCCUCAGAUCCGCUCUGUAUUUCCAACCACUCCGGCAAGGCCCUGAUGGACCUGGAGCUACUGUUAUCUGUGCUGAUGUUCCUCCGCUUGUACCUGGUGCACAGAGCCAUCCUGCUGCACAGCAAAGUGCUGCUGAGCGCCUCCUACAGGAGCAUCGGCUCGCUCAACAACAUCAACUUCAGCUUUCGCUUUGUACUCAAGAUACUGAUGAACAAAUACCCGGCACGCACGCUGCUGGUCUUCAUCCUCUUCUUCUGGCUUACUGCGUCCUGGAUGCUUACUCUGUGUGAGAGGCAGACCCGAGAAACGACAGGCAACAUAGACACGGCAAUGUGGCUCAUAGCCAUCACCUUCCUCACUGUGGGCUAUGGUGACGUGGCGCCCAACACCAGCUGUGGCAAAGCGGUGUGUCUCUUCACUGGAGUCAUGGGUGUAGCCUGCACUGCCAUGCUGGUGGCAGUCGUUACCAAGAUGCUGGCGUUGAACAAAGGGGAGAAACAUGUGCACUUCUUCAUGCUGGACAUCCAGAUCUCUAAAAGGAUCCGGCACGCUGCUGCUAAUGUGCUAAGAGAAUGCUGGCUUCUGCACCGUACUAACCUGACAAAGGGCAACCGCGGUGAGCACCGAAGACACCAGAGAUGCCUUCUGGAAGCCAUCAGAGUAUUUCGGCAUUUACGCCUCAAACAGAAAAAGCUGAGAGACUACGUCAGUGAGAUGGUGGACCUCCCUAAGAUGCAGAUGAUAAUGUGCGACCUCAGUGCCAAUUGGAAUAACUCGUAUCGGGAGCUGGAGCAGCGAAUCCUCUCCAUGGAGCAAAGGUUGGACGAGCUGAGUCGCUGCUUCCAACAAACCUCUGAGCUACUCUCCCAGGUCCUACGUCACCGCAACUCAGAGAUCAGGUGACAUGGUUACUGAGACAGAUAAUUGUCUUCAGUUUUUUGAUCUACAGUAUCCAUGAGAGUGGGUCAGUAAAUCGUCUCGAUCCG